AGUUUGUACACCUCGUCGGGCCUCGUUUCUCGUGCUGCACCUCCGCUGUCGCGCUGGGCCAUAGGUCGCCGGCCUGAACCAGAGCCGGGCCUGGGCCUCCCGGGGCGCCCCUGCCUCCUCUGCCGGGCGGGCCUCGCCAGGCCACCGCGGUGCGCGGCGGGCGCUGCGCUGUGCUGCUUUCCGACUGCCCUGAGGAGAAACCCGCAGGCUCUAGAGGGCAGUCCCUGGGAAGCUGCGUCCUUGCGGACUCAGGGCCUCUUGGAUUUUCUCUGCCUCGCGUCCUGUCCUGCCUGUCCGAUCCCUGUCGGGGACCACAGAGGGAAGAUUGUCUCAGAACUUCUGCAUGGUGUUUCAGAGGGCAGUGGAGAACGAAGGAAUAAGAAUACAUGUGUACUUCCAGUGAGCAAGAGCAUGUUCCCGAAUUCAAUUUUAGGUCGCCCGCCCUUCACUCCAAACCAUCAACAACAUAAUAACUUCUUUGCUUUGUCACCAACUUUUUAUUCACACCAGCAGCUUAUAGAUGCACAGUUCAAUUUCCAGAAUGCAGACUUAUCUAGAGCUGUGUCUUUACAGCAACUAACAUAUGGAAAUAUCAGUCCCGUACAGACUUCAACGUCCCCAAUAUUUCGAGGAAGGAAGAGAUUAAGUGAUGAAAAAAACCUGCCUCUUGACAGUAAACGGCAACGAUUCCAUUCACCCCACCAAGAGCCAACUGUAGUUAACCACAUAGUGCCUUUAUCAGGUGAACGAAGAUACUCAGUGCCACCAUUGUUUCAUACACCCUAUGUUCCAGAGAUAGUCAGAUGUGUUCCACCUUUUCGAGAAAUACCAUUUUUAGAACCUAGAGAAAUUAUACUGCCUGAAGCCAAAGAUAAGUUGAGCCAGCAGAUACUGGAGUUAUUUGAAACAUGUCAGCAGCAAGUGAGUGACUUAAAGAAGAAAGAACUCUGUCGGGCACAGCUGCAAGGGGAGAUUCAGCUGCUUUUCCCACAAAGCAGACUUUUUCUGGUCGGGUCGUCUUUAAAUGGAUUUGGUACCCGGAGUAGUGAUGGUGAUUUAUGUCUGGUUAUUAAAGAAGAGCCAUGUUUUUUUCAGGUAAAUCAGAAGACUGAAGCACGGCAUAUACUCAUGUUAGUCCAUAAACACUUCUGUACUAGACUUUCUGGCUAUAUUGAGAGACCUCAGCUGAUUCGAGCGAAAGUGCCAAUUGUGAAGUUCAAGGAUAAAGUCAGUUGUGUGGAGUUUGACUUGAAUGUAAACAAUAUUGUUGGAAUAAGAAACACAUUCCUUCUCAGAACUUAUGCAUACCUUGAAAAUCGAGUUCGUCCAUUAGUGCUGGUGAUUAAGAAGUGGGCAAAUCACCAUGAGAUAAAUGAUGCUAGUCGUGGUACUUUAAGCAGCUAUAGCCUUGUGUUGAUGGUUUUGCACUAUUUACAAACCCUACCUGAACCCAUCCUUCCAUCCCUCCAAAAAAUUUACCCAGAAUCUUUCAGUCUUGCUAUCCAGCUGCACCUUGUACAUCAGGCUCCAUGUAAUAUUCCUCCUUACCUCUCAAAGAAUGAAUCCAGUCUUGGGGACCUCCUGCUGGGCUUUCUUAAAUACUAUGCUACAGAAUUUGACUGGAACAGUCAAAUGAUUUCAGUUCGUGAAGCCAAAGCCAUUCCAAGGCCUGAUGGUAUUGAGUGGAGAAAUAAAUACAUCUGUGUAGAAGAACCUUUUGAUGGAACAAAUACAGCCAGAGCGGUGCAUGAAAAGCAGAAAUUUGAUAUGAUCAAGGAUCAAUUUUUAAAGUCAUUUCACAGAUUGAAAAACAAAAGAGAUUUGAACACUAUACUACCUUUAAGAACUGCUAUCCUGAAAAGAUAACUGGCCUCUAUUUCUUAAAUUCUUCUGAGAAAUAAAGAACAAGAGUUACAUCAUAAUACAUUUUGUUUACCUCCAUCAUGGUUUCUUUUUAAUUGUUCUUAUUUUCAUGUUUUAUUUUUAAAAGGUCAUACUUAUAUAAAGAUUGCAUAUUUUAUUAUAUCGUUUCCUAAUAAAAUCUUUUGAUUUAAAAAUGUAUUUUUGAAAAUGUUUACAUUGAUGAUUAGUAAUAUUAUGGCACGAAUUUUUAGGCAGUCAAAUAAAAUAUAUUUUGUGAAAUUUCCUGAACCAGUUACAGAUUUUUGAUAUAACUUUAACUGUAUCACAUGCUAAUAAUGGAGUUGUGUGGAAUUUGGGGGAGGGUCUAAUUCAUCAAAGUUAAAAUGUCACCUCUAAUAGAUGAUUUGUUGUUUUAAGUCUGUUAUAAUGAAGUGAAGAUUUGAGUUAGUUUUCAGUUACUUGAAGCAAAGUAAAAUCUAGAUUUCAGUGAAGUCACUGCAGAGUCCUGAAAUACUGGACAGUUGCCCUGUCUUCACUUACCUCCUUGGGACAGACUGAGACCUUUGGUUGUGUCAGUGUAGCAUUUCAGGAAUACUUUCAGAGCUUCCAACGCACUCUUGAGAUUGCUCUAAAUUUUGUGUGGAAACAAUGUGUUUUGCACGAUAGUACAGUAAUGUGAGCACUGACUUUUAAGGUAGUCAUUGAAUUGUUAGUUGGUUCAAAGACUUUGAAAAGAUUGUCUCUUCUGUGCUUCAUGAUAGCAUUAGUGCAAUGUGCAUUUUUGUUUUUCUGCUUUUAUUUUUCCUAUGACAUGAAGCACAAAGUGAAACAUUAAAGUUAAGAUUGUAUCUUAAUUGUAGAAUCAGGAUUUUUUAUGUGCGCUUAUUGGCCCUAAAUUGAAUUUUUUAGGCAGUAAGCCACUACAUUGUGUUUCAGGUAAGACAAAAUUAUAUAAAAAAACAGCAUAAUGUUUAUAAAAUACCUUUUUUAGUAUUUUCCAUGUGAAGCAGUGGUGCCUGCUAAACAAAAACUAGUGUUAAAGUUGUUUUGACUUAUGUAAAUAUUUGUAUAUUGAUCAAUGCCUGUAAAUUUAAAUAUAAAAAAUACUCUUGAAAACAGUUAACUUUUUCAAAAGGACUACAAACUUCUUUCAGACCUGCUAUAGAACAGUUUGUACCUCUAAUGAGUUAAAUUUUUGCAGGCCAACCCAAAAGUUAUGACCUGCUUUCAUUUGACUUGUAUGAGAUACAUAUUUUCAUUUUCUUAAUCUUUAAAUUUUUGUAUGUCAAAUAGAAUAAAGUUUAUAUAUGGAGAUUGUUGAAGUGUUUCCCUUACAGUGAAAAUGUUUGCUUCUGAAAUAAGAUUGAGGCUAUAAUUACCUAGAAAUUAUUUAAAUCUGUUAUGCUUCAUUAUUUAGGCUAAAACAGAGGGUCUGGGAAUUAAGUUCACUUGUGGUCAAGUUAAAUAGACACAUCACUGCAUUUCUUUGGCGUUCUUAGGAAUGAAGAUUUUCACAUGGGUGAAUUUUUAAAAUUAUAUAUAAAAUCUUUGGAUGCAGUUGAA